AUAUAUGUUUUUCUAGUGCUGAUUUCUUCCUCAAGCAGAGCUUGGCAGAUUUAUUAAGAUGAGAUGCGGACAAGCAGUGACUUGAAACAUGAUUGAGACAGCCGGCCUCACUGUAGUCACUUCCAUGAUUUUAGAGUUGUGCCAGACAAGCCUAGAGACUGGCAUGGACAUGUUUUUGUAGAAAUUCGGUAGAAUUAAUUUUAACUUAGAUUAUCUACUCUAGAUUUGGAAUUGGGAUUCCAGUUAUGAAAGCUUAUCUAUAGCAACUUAAACCCUAAAAAGAUUUAGUGAUCUACUUUUAAUUUACUACAUGAACUUUGACUUCCAUACUGAAUAAAGAGAUGGUGCUUCAAGAUUGUUUUCCUGGCUCAUACACAAGAAGUUCUUUACAAGUAGUGGAGUGCUUGCAGUUUCUUCUCCUCUUUGUGUUUUGCUGUCCACUAAAUGUACAUUGGAAACUGCUAUCACUAAAAACACCUUACCUAUUGCAUCCAAAUUAUAAUGCUUUUUGAGGUUGCUGCUCCCAUCAAUCUGCUCAGUAAAAAUAGCUCAUCUUGGUAAGUUGUUUCGACUUCACCAGGACCUGAAGAAGAGGCAGAAAAACCUGUGAAAACUAAGACUGUUUCUUCCAGUAAUGGAGGAGAAAGUUCGAGUCGCAGCGCAGAGAAACGGGCAGCUAAUGAAGAAGCUGAAGACUUCACUACAAAGCCUGCUCCUGCCAAAAUGUCCAAGUUUGGAUUUUCCAUAGGCAGUCAGACAGCAAAGAAGGCGUCUGCAAUAUCCAUCAAACUAGGAGCAAACAAGCCUAAAGAGCCUGUUCCAACCCUUGCUCCAAAAACCCUUUCUGUAGCAGCGGCUUUCAAUGAAGAUGAAGAUAGUGAACCAGAAGAAAUGCCCCCAGAAGCCAAGAUGCGCAUGAAGAACAUUGGAAGGGAUACACCAACCUCAGCAGGACCAAAUUCCUUCAAUAAAGGAAAGCAUGGUUUUUCUGACAACCAGAAGCUUGGUUGAACAAAAAAUUAUUAGCAGCAACACCACCAUCCUCACCCACCCAAACAUAAGCUUCUUUUUAAACUCAAAUACCUGAUAGUGUCGACCACUAAAUUAAUUUCAGCCUGGAACUGGUUGUAGAAUUCAAUAUGUGAAUUGCAUACAUCCUGCCUCUAAAACCUUUCUUCAUGCUAAAUUUGAACCUGCGAGUGCAGAAAGGAAAGUGCAUCUUGAAGUGUUUCUUUUGUUUUGUUGGGUUUUUUUAGAAAAGCUCUGACCACUUAGACUUUUGAGUUUGUAAGUUCUAAAAAAUAUUUUUUUGUAUUUUUGUAUUGUAUGUGUAAUCUUUUUUCUUUUGAAGUCUGAUGCAGUUGAAAACCUGUAACUAUUUUCUUUAAAAGCCUUGUUAUAAACGUAACAUAAAAACGUAUACAUUAUUUUUUUUCCAUAGCAGAAAUCUUUGGUUUAUUUAAAACAAAACACACUUUCAAAACUGGCUUUCAGGAUUUCCAAAACUGAUUUGGGCAUUACUGGAACUAGGCAAGGCAAAAUGAAGCAUUUACUUUUCACUUAUUUUCAUCACAUGUGGUUAUGUUUGUUGAAAUAAAUCCCUCUAAGAUAGUGGUAA